AUGCAAACACCAGCCAACACAAGCACGUUCACCACUUCAUACACAAAUAAGCCAAAAACACAAGCCUCUCAACUUGCCGACUACACCACCAUCAGGCCACAUUACUCGUUCUCUCCACCCAUUGGGUCGGGAGGUGGGAACUCCUAUGCGAUCACCGGUCAGGGAAGGAUCACCGCCUUGAGAGUUUGGGAAAACUAGAAUAGCUACAUCCGAGGCAUCCAGUUCCAGUACAGAUACCUCUCGUCCUCUGGUGUUGGCUACACAUACGGAGACGCCCAGGAACUUCAGCUGUACGACGGAGAAGCCGUCAUCCAGAUUUCUGGGAAGCAUUCCUCCUAUCUGCAGUCUAUCGUCUUCACAACCAACCGGAGCCGCUCCCUGUAUGUGGGUCAGCCGUCCGGUACUUCCUUCAACAUGUACCCGGAUCGCCCCGAGGCCGAGCUGAUCUUCAUCAGCGGCCAUGUGAGCGGAGGCCUCACCUCCUUGGGAUCCCACUGGGCGAUUGUCUACAGCUACAAAAUUUUAUUUUCUUUGUGAAAAAAGUACAACGAACCAAUCAUCACUUCAUUUUCAUUUCAAUUUUAGAAUUCAGAACAAAGAAAAACAUGCAACUUUUACACUUUUAUUGAUUACUUGUUUUUGAUAAGUAUCUAUUGAAGGAAAUGUGUAGACAUUUUUAAAGAAUCAUCAUUUUAUUUUUAUUUAGUAGGUUUUAAAAUAAAAUAAAAAAUUACAUGCUGCAAAAAAAAAUGGAUGCAAACAUUUACUUCUGCAGGAUGUUUAUAUUUGUGAAAAAUGGUUUUUAAAAAGCAAAUAUCCAAACCUAAUGGCAAGAAAAACAGAUCUAACAAAAAUUAUACUCAUAACAUGCGAUCUUUUUAAAAUAUGUGUUUUUGUAAAAGUGCCAGGAGAAAAAAUUAAACAAAUAAAAUAAAAAAUUGAACAUUUAUUUCUAAAAUAAAUGAUUUGAUUUAUUUGGCAUUAACAAACAUUGUUUUUAUCCACAUUUUGUUAGGAACAAGGGAGCCGCUGAAUAAUAUGUCAAUGUCAAAUUUAUUUAUAAAGCAUUUUAAAACCAGGUUUAAAGUGCUGCACAAAAACAAUAAAACAAUAGAAUAAGUUGAUGAAAAGAGAAAAAGAAGAAAUAAUAAUACAAAAAAUAAGGGUAAUAAUAAAAAGUAAAUAAAAUAAAUAUAAAACAUCACAACGGAAAAGUUACAGUACCAAGCCUCAAUUAAAGGCCAACGAAUGAAAAUAAGUUUUAAGAAUCAAUUUAAAAUAAUCCAGACUGUGAGCAGAUCUAAUCUGGUGAGAUUAGAAAAGAAGCAGCAACGGAGAACGUCCGAUCUGCUUUGCUCUUAAGUCGGGUCCGAAGAACUUUCAGCAGCAACUGAUUAUUGGAUCUUAAAGUUCUGGACACAGAGCGAAGAUUCAAAAGAUCCUGGAGAUAUAAGAGGCCAACACAUUUAAAACUCUACAUGUUGUUAAAACGAGACACAUAGUUUUCUUUCUUUUUAAACAAAAAUCUGACUGUGAAUUUGAUAGAUUUUUUCUCUUCCAACACUAAUUAUGCAGUUUUUUGUACUCUCAAAUUUAAUAAAUUAGUUCUUAUUUAACGAUUAUUGCUGGUUUUGUGUACUUUUGAUUUAAAAAAAUAGCCAAGAUACAAAUCAGGUUAUUAUUUUUUGAAAGUGUGUGAA